AUGAAACGCGUCACUUUGGCAGGCCGCAGCGCUUCCAGUCCUCAAGGUCUGGUUUGCCACUUUUGUCAAUUGUCGGUCUCUCGUCGAGCGGCUUCCCUCGCACACCUGUCACCCGUUGUCCCCAAGAGUCGACGGGUCUCCAGCAGUCCACGCCCUCAAUUCUCCACCCCGAAUCUGAGAGUGCAAUUCGCUUCGCCACUGUCAGUGCGUGCCUUCGCUUCCACUUCCUCUGCUGCAUCAAGCCCCGAAACCGCCAUUCGUGAGAUCUCGAAAGAAGCUUCCGCCAUUCGCAAUUCAGAUACGGUGCCGGCAAACGAGACCGUGGUGAACUUGCUGCAAAGAUGCCAGCAAAUCGCAGAAGAUCUCGUGUCGCAUGAGCACGAUCAGGACGAACGCUCCGCGACCAAUGAAAACAAUGCCAUCUCGCCAUUGCUGAACCUGGACGAGAAGAAAAGCCCGGCAGUAGCAGGCCGCACAAACCAGACUCGCCCGGUACGAGACCCCAAACUGGCAGAGUCGGUAUCGCGCAUCGCCACCGACCUCCUCAAGGACAAGAAGGUGUUCAUCUCGCCGGAAGUCCUGGCGCACUACACGACCACGCAAACCCUUCUGCGGCGUCCUGAACACUUCCCGGAGAUCUUCCACCUGUAUGCCAACAAGCCGGUGCCCGAGGAGAACAGCUCGCCGGUCAAGUUCCACAAGGCAAAUCCCAAGAACGUCAACAGCGCCGUGCCCGCCGACCUGGCCAACCAGGCUCUGGACGUCGCCAUUGCGCAGAAGAACCUCUCGCUCGUGCUGGCCAUCAUCGACAACACAUUCUGCGCACCCGCGUUUCAUCGCGCCAAGAUCUUCAAGAAGGCCGCUGUUCCGCUCGCCGCUCUGGCUGCUGCCCCGGCUGCAUGCUAUACGCUCGCGUCGUGGGCGUCGACGUUCCAGAACACCAUGGACCCCAGUACGGCGACCGGCAUCGCGUUCGCGGCUAGUCUGGCUUACGUUGGUGGCACAUCUUCUAUCGGGAUCAUGGCUAUCACUACCGCCAACGACCAAAUGGAGCGGGUGACUUGGUUGUCGGGCAUACCGCUACGACAUCGGUGGUUGCGAGAGGAAGAGCGGGCGGCCAUGGAUAAGGUCGCUGUUGCGUGGGGGUUCAAGGAUCCGUAUAUGAGAGGCGAAGAAGUGGGCGCAGAAUGGGAGGCUCUGCGCGAAUUCAUUGGGAUGAGGGGCAUGAUUUUGGACAAGACGGAGCUGAUGGAGGGAAUGCAAUAA